AUGGCGUGCUAUGUGUUUGAAGAAAUGUCUCACCUAGGUGUUGUGUGCUUGCAAGGAAAGAAUCACCAUCCAAGGGUCUACUUGCUCCCAACCGGCGGUGGUUCACGGCUUGAUCGGAUCGUCGGGACGCGAGACGCGAUGGGCGAGCGCAAGAUCGGCGUGGCCAUGGACUUCUCGGCGAGCAGCAAGAAGGCGCUGUGUUGGGCGGCCGACAACCUCCUCCGCAAGGGCGAUACCCUCGUCCUCCUCCACAUCCAGCACCGCGGCCGCGACGAGGCCAAGCACGUCCUCUGGUCUCACUCCGGAUCCCCGCUGAUCCCGCUCGAGGAGCUCAAGGACACGGCGGUACGGCAGCGCUACGACAUACCCGCCGACGCCGAGGUGUUCGACAUGCUCGAGACGGUGGCCCGGGAGAAGGAGCUAUCCGUGGUGCUCAAGUUGUACUGGGGCGAUCCGAGGGAGAAGGUGUGCGAGGCGGCGGGGGAGCUCAGCCUCGAAUCGCUCGUCAUGGGCAGCCGCGGUCUCGGCCAGAUCCAGAGGAUUCUUCUGGGAAGUGUGACGAACUACGUCUUGUCGAAUGCAUCUUGCCCCGUGACUGUCGUCAAGGCAAAAUAG